GGAAGAGGCUUGUCAAUUGCCAGAGUUAGGAAACGUGGCCUUAGCAAAGGAGAGUCCAACAUUAAUAGAAACAAGCUGUUUUGAUAGGCGGCAAAUAGCCUACAAGACUCUGUUGGGUUGGUGGACAACUUGCAAACAUGGCCGAUGUUAAUCAAGGAUCGGUCUUACCUAGAGAAACUUCACCUCCAGCUCUGGACGGACUGAAUGCAACCGACUCCAAUGGUACCGACGCUGUCAACGCGACAGUGGCCAAGUUUGUGGCGACACCGGAGGGAACAGCACUGGCAUAUGGCAGCCUUGUGUUCAUGGCUCUGUUGCCCAUCUUCUUCGGUGCGCUGCGGUCCGUUAGCUGCGGCAAAAGCAAGAACUCCUCAGACAUGCCAGAGACCAUCACAGGCAGAGAUGCUGCACGGUUCCCCAUCAUUGCCAGCUGCACCCUUUUCGGCCUCUAUCUCUUCUUCAAAAUUUUCUCUCAAGAGUACAUCAACUUGCUGCUAUCAAUGUAUUUCUUUGUCCUGGGGAUUUUGGCACUGUCUCACACAAUGAGUCCUUUCAUGAACAGGAUCUUCCCUGCCAACAUCCCCAUCAAGCAGUACCAGCUGCUCUUCACUCAGGGCUCGGGAGAGGCCAAAGAAGAGAUGGUCAACUAUGAGUUUGACACCAAGGACAUGAUCUGCCUGGUCAUCAGCACUGUGGUUGGGGUCUGGUACAUCCUCAAGAAGCACUGGAUUGCCAACAACCUCUUUGGCCUGGCGUUCGCACUGAAUGGGGUGGAGCUUCUGCAUCUGAACAACAUCAGUACUGGCUGUAUCCUGCUGGGGGGGCUGUUUGUGUAUGAUGUCUUCUGGGUAUUUGGCACCAAUGUCAUGGUUACUGUGGCCAAGUCAUUCGAGGCACCCAUUAAGUUGGUGUUUCCCCAGGACCUGCUGGAGAAGGGUCUGGGUGCCAGUCAAUUUGCAAUGCUGGGGCUGGGAGAUAUUGUCAUUCCAGGUAUCUUCAUUGCUUUACUUCUCCGCUUUGAUGUCAGUCUAAAGAAGAACACCAGGACCUACUUCCACACCAGCUUCCUGGCCUACAUCUUUGGCCUGGGCCUGACCAUCUGGGUCAUGCACACCUUUAAACAUGCCCAGCCUGCCUUGCUGUACCUGGUCCCAGCCUGUAUUGGAUUCCCAUUGGUUGUAGCUCUGUUGAAAGGAGAACUGACUGAGAUGUUCAGGUAUGAAGAAGUGUCUGCGGAAGAUGUUGCUGCUAAAGAAGGGACUACACAGGUUGAGAAAAAAGACAAAUGACGACCAAGUUCCUACAAGGUCGUCCGUCCCUCUCUGGCACCAGGUUCACAGCAGCCCUCCUCUCUGUACACAUCCUAGGAGGAUGUUCAUGUUUCCCUGGAGUUGUGUGCUGUACAAGGAAGUGGAUGAUUUUUUAAAUUAAAUAACUGUGAUAACAUUGGGAAAUGUUGUAGUUUAAGUGUUUUGUAAAACAGCUUUUUGGUGCCUAUGUUUUCGUUCUUGUUUUGUAUUUCUUUCCCUUUUGCAUUCUCAUAUUUCUGGUUUUUAUUUCAUUUGAUUCGCCAGUAUUUUAAACUCGUAUGUUUUACUUUUUUCUUUCUGGGUGAAUCUGAGAUCACCGGAAGCUGAACAUUUUUUAGAAAUUGCUCUCGGGAUACUCAGAUAACAGUGGUCAAGUUUGGUGGUUUAGUUUGGUUUCUGUCCCGUCUUGGUUUGCUAAAGGGGAAUCCCUUCCUCAUCGAGAAUGAAACGUCAUUGGACGAUGUGAAGGAGGCUGGAGAUGAGUCUACGAUUGUCACACACAUGCUUUAGGAGCUUCACCUGUACUACUGUCCUCUGGCCUGGAAGUAGGCCUAAAUACCUACCAUUCUCAAGGUAUAAUUGCACCAAUUUGGUAGUGCAUGUAAUUACAUGCCGCCUGACUUGUUGGCCAGUGUAAAGGUAAUAAUCGCUUCGAAUUCAGAUCAGCGUAUUUAAGGAAGUAACUAAAACUUGUAUAAUCAUGAUAUCACAUUUUGAUAUUUGCUAUGACACAAUGAUAUUUCUGAGAGUCAUACUCUGUCAUAUCCAAUCACAAGAGUCUGUUAUAUGGAAAUAAUGUAUUAGGAUAGGAGUUGGUUACGCCCCGUGCAGUGACUGAGCUGUACCUGCAGAUGGAGACCGUGUCGACAGAACCAUAUCUCCUCGGAGAGAGGAGACCCAGGGGAUCAAAUGAUGGGAUUGUUUUGCUUUGAUUAUGUAGAAGUUCUGUCCUUUUGCAGAAUGGAGCCGUGUGUUUCAGGCCGGGGGUGGGGGGGGGGUUGUGUUAGGGAUUGAGGAGUUCUGUAGUAAUGUGUUUAGGUGAAGUUCAGUAACCCUGCUAUCAUUUCAAAUAAAUAUACCAUUUCUUUUCUCCUAUUCUACUUGUGUAAUUCAAAGUUUAUUAUGAGCCUUUGUUUAUUUUCAAUAAAUGUUGGUGUAUAUCACCGUAGAGAAGCAUAACCAAUGUGUAGGUCUUUAGUUUUGUGUUGAAGUAGCCACCCACACAUGGGUUUUUCUGGUUAUUUAGAGUAAAUUCUACAGGGAAGUGCAUUCUGGGCUGUAGGAGGGAUGGCGCGGAGAGCACAUCUGAUGGACGACUCGAGGGAAAUUAGGAUGUUACAGCGCAGAAAGCAUUUUAGACCCCUUCUGUUUAACAAAAGUACUGAGUGGAGGGGGAGGAGCCAGGCCAUUCAGGAUCUUGAAUACAAGACGUGUUGGUGUAUUGCAAAAGAUUUUUCCAACUCUGGAUGUCAUUCUUUCUGAGGUUGUAACAGUGAUGGCUAUUGGGCUUCCUAUCAGGCAUUUUGAGAGCCUGUUUGUAGACAGACUGAAUGGGUUUCGAUGUUGUACAGCAAGCAAAAGCCCAACUAAUCAAGCAUUAUGUUAAGCACCUGAGCCUCAUAGAAAAGGGUCUGAAUAAUUACGUUUAAAAAGUGUUUUUUUGGUUUUAAUAUACAUUUGCUAAAAUGUCUAAACCCGUUUUCACUUUGUCAUGGGUUAUUGUGUAGAUUGAUGAGUAAAAUAUUUCAUUUUUAAUCCAUUUUAGAAUAAAAUGUGGAAAAAGUC